UUCUUUAAAAAAACAUCUUCAUGGGGAAGAUAAAGACAUGCAUUGUACAAGCAAGUGGUUAAAGAUUACUGCCGCCAACGGGUUGCCUCUUCCCUACCUUGGGUAUGUUGAACUUGAUAUCCAGGUAAUGGGGUUGACUAUACCUGGGUGUGGGUUCUUGGUGAUACGUGACCAGAAUGAUGGGGAGACUGACUCAGCGCCCCCAGGCAUACUUGGCAUGAACAUUGCACAGUGGUGUAAACAAUUGAUUCUAGCUGAGUUUGACAAUGCUUUGGAGGGGACGUUGGAUGCUGACUGGAGAGCCGCCCUUAACCGAGUGCAAGAGGCUGCCCCAGUAGGAGCGAACUCUGUGGUCCGGGUAGCAGGCACACGUAAGUCGUACGUACCUGCAGCCUCAGUGGCUACAAUUAAGGCCAGAGCACAUAAAGAACUAGCUGAAAACAGAAACUUAAGGUUGUUUGAGCCAGGUAAGGCAUCAUUGCCAGGCGGCUUGGUCCUGAUUCCCACCUUGGUAUCACCCGGUAGGCGGGUAUUCCCAGUGCAGGUAGUAAACUUGUCCCCAGAAGGUGUGUGGUUGCCACCCAAGGUGAAACUAGGGGUACUUGGCCAGGGUCGUCGUGUUGAGAAUAGCUCCUGCGAAGUUAGAUUCCAUCGAAUCUCUGCAGAUCAUGAGGAAGUUAUGGUAAACCAGAGGUCAAUGACGGGGGUUAGCAGUGACCUGCAGUGUCCCUUGGAGAAAGUGCAGAUCGGCGGUACCCCUGCACAGCAGGCACAGUCAUACCGACUUAUACCACCAAACCAAUUCCAGGAGGUGAAGGACCAUAUCUCUGGACUUUUCAAAAAGCGUGUCAUCCAAGACAGCUCCAGUUUGUAUGCAUCUCCGGUGGUGUUAGUCCGGAAGACUGACGGGAGUCUUAGGCUAUGCGUGGACUACCGGAAGCUGAACUGUAAAACUAGGCGUGAUACAUUCCCGUUGCCACGAAUAGAUGAGAGUCUGGAUGCUCUGAGUAAGGCCAAGAUGUUCUCGUCUAUUGACCUAGCGAGUGGCUAUCACCAGGUAGCAGUUCAUGAGAAGGACCGCCACAAAACAGCUUUCAUUACACCAUUUGGCCUGUAUGAGUACCAGCGGAUGCCGUUUGGCCUAUGUAAUGCGCCAGCGACAUUCCAACGUCUCAUGUAGGCCAUAAUGAGUGACCUGGUCUUUCAAAUGGUACUCGUCUAUUUGGACGAUUUGCUUGUGUACUCAAGUACAUUCGAGGGACACUUAGUGAGGCUUGUGUUACAAAGGUUGAGGGAGGCCGGACUCAAGGUUAAGGUGGAAAAAUGCCACCUCCUGCAGUCCGAGGUAAAGUUCUUAGGGCAUGUGAUAUCUGCUCAAGGGGUGUCUACAGACCCAGACAAAGUGAGUGCAGUGAAACAGUGGCCAAUCCCUAA